AUGUCGUCCGCCGAUUUCGCAGCGGCGCAGCAGCGCCUGCAAGCCCGCCGUCAGCAACGCGAACGAGAGUACCAGGCGCGCAUCGCCGCCCAGCGCGACCAACAACACCAGCAACGCAUCGCCAAGCUACCAUACCCCCUAAACCGACUUGGUGGAACCGGAUUGACCCUAUGGGACGCUGUUAAAGGUCGCGAGGGCACCCAGCCUGCCUUUCGCGUUGGCCAAGUCGAUGCAGAAUUGCUCGACGAGGAGCUCCUAGAGCUACUCAAAGGCCAAGUGGGCGAGGGACUGAAAUACUUCGGGUCGCACCUCGCGGACGAGUACAAGCCCGAAAUCCUCCUCGCCCUCCGCGCCAUCCUCUUCAAGCUAUCCAUCUGGGACCACAACGCCUCGUACGGCGCCGCCCUCCAAGGCCUGCGCUACACCGACGCCCGCACCGCCGACCCUUCGCGGCCCCCACCCAAGCGCUGGCAAAAGAGCGUCUACGGCCUGCUCACCAUCGGCGGGCGCUACGCGUGGACGAAAUGGGAAGACUGGCUGAUCGGGCGGACCAGCGACUACGAGCUGCCGUCGCCCCGCGUGCGGCUGGCCGAGCGGGCAACGAACGCGCUGAGCGCGACGCACGCCGUCGCAGCCUUCGCGUCGUUCCUGGUGUUUCUGACCAACGGCCGGUACCGCACGCUGGUGGACCGCGUGCUGGGCCUGCGGCUGACGCCGACGGCGGCGGCCAUCUCGCGCGAGGUCUCGUUCGAGUACCUCAACCGCCAGCUCGUCUGGCACGCUUUCACAGAGUUCCUGCUCUUCCUGCUGCCGCUCGUCGGCGUCGCCCGCUGGCGCCGCAUCCUCGGCCGCGCCUGGCGACGCGUGCGCAACUUCGUCGCCACAGCCCUGGGCCGCCGUGCCUCUUCGGAUGAUGAGGAUGACGCGCUGGCUGGCGGCAAGGCGGGCGAGCUGGGCUUCUUGCCUGAGCGCACGUGCGCCAUCUGCUACAGCGACCAGAACCCGGCGGGCGGCGCGUCGGAGCAGCAGAUGCUGUCGCAGUCCGCAGCGGGUGGCAGCGGCGUCGUCGGCAGCGCCGCGACGGACAUCACCAACCCUUAUCAAGCUAUUCCGUGCGGUUGCGUCUACUGCUUCGUGUGCCUGGCCCAGAAGAUCGAGGCCGAGGAGGGCGAGGGCUGGACCUGCCUGCGCUGCGGCGACAUCGUCACCUCCUGCCGCCCCUGGGACGGCGACGUCAUCGUCAAGCAAUCCCACCACGGCCACGGCCACGGCGGCGCUCGUCCGACGUCUUCGGGCUCCGGGAAUGGAGGCAAGAGUGUCGGCUUCGCGGCUGACGACGAGAAGAGGAGCUUGAGGCAGGUCAGCCCCGUGCCGACGCUCGACGAGAAAGAGCGCGAGCUCGGCGGCGGCACGCUGUCGGCUGAUGUCGAGACGGAGCAGAGCUUGAUGGGCAGCAGGGCGCUAUCUGAGAGCGAGGAGUGGGCGCGGGCGAGCAGGAUCGUCGAGGAGAGCGAUAGCGACAGCGAGAGUAGUAGCAAUGGCAGUGGCGAUGAGCAGAGCGAGGAGAUUGAUGAGGAGGAGGAUGAGAUUGAGUUUGAGGAGUGA